AUGCCCUUGCGGCGCGGCACGUGCAGGAGGCCGGCUCGCGCGCGCCGCGGUCGGGGCACUGCAAGCGACCCGGAGACCAGCGCCGAGCGGUCCGAGUGGGUCUGCGCGGCGUGGGCAGCGGCAGUGCCGCGCAAGUGUCCGAGCACCUGCGCGGGUGACACGUCGGGCUGUCGUUGUCGGUUCGCGUUCGCCCGAGCGGCCCUUGGCGCGUCGAUCGAAAGGGCGAUGCCGCCCUCGGCGGAAAGCCCAGGGGCACACUGGAACUGCGCGCCACGCGUGCGCCUCGAUCAUCUCCUGGCGAGCGUUGACGCGCCCGCGCUGGACUGCCCUGUGAUCCCCGCGCCCAGCUGCGACGGUUUCCAUCGGAUUGCGCUUGCUGGAGGAGCUGAUCGCGACUUCGGGCGGGCGCAAGGGGGGGGGGCGCGCAUUUCUGCUGCGCUGCGGCGCUGGGCCCGUCUCCGGCGCGCGCCGGAGCUGGGGCCGGCGCCGCCCCAGCAGUCCGGGCGGUUUGCUCGAGACGAGCUGCUGCGCUUCAGGCUGCGCGAGAAAAGGAACCAACGUCCCUCGCUCGUCUUGGCGCAUCUGGAGUCGCGCGCGUGCGAGCGCGACGCCGCGGCCUCGGCGCCGCGGAGGGCCGCCGCCCGUCGCCGCGGGCGCGCGGGCCCGCCGGGCGUCAAGGGCGCGGCGUGUUGGCAGGCACCGUGGUUUUGCAUCGGCUUCGCACUGCAGUGCGAGACGUUCUAUCUUUCUGGCCCCGAUUGGUUAGUCUAUUGCGUGUGCCGACUGGGCCCGCUUUGGAGCUCCCGUGUGGCCUCGCUGGAGCACUCUCGGAUCGCGCCCUUCGGCAAGGAGGACACGGCCAAGGAGCUGCAGGACCACGCGGCCAAGACGCAGGACACGCUGGUGGACGCGGUGGAGAACGCCGAGGUCGCAGAGAUCAAGCGGGCGGUGUUCCGUGCGCUGACGCGCUUGCGCGCGGCGACGAUCAAGGAGUUCGACACCAUCGCCCGGCUGGAGACCCAGGCGAUCGACGCGUACAACGACGCCCACCACUACCGGGCCGAGAACCCGCUGGCGCACCUGCACGAGGACGAGGCGCCCGUGGAGACGGACAAGCUCAAGUCCUUCCACUGA